GAACUCUAGCUUAGCUGGACUUUGCCUCCCUCCUCCCCCUCUAGCCGGGAAGUGCCUUUGUUUGCCUUCUCCUCCGUGGGCUUUGUGGCAUCAUGGCUGCUCAGUCAGAUCUCUGGGAUGCUAUUGUGAUUGGAGCAGGCAUCCAGGGCUGCUUUACCACGUACCACCUGGCCAAACACUCCAAGAAGGUUCUCCUGCUGGAGCAGUUCUUUCUUCCCCAUUCCCGAGGAAGCUCACAUGGACAGAGCCGCAUAAUCAGAAAGGCUUAUCCGGAGGACUUCUACACGAGGAUGAUGAAGGAAUGUUAUCAGACAUGGGCCCAGCUGGAGCGUGAAGCCGGAACCCAGUUACACAGGCAGACUGAGCUCUUGCUUCUGGCAACGAAGGAAAAUCCAGGAUUAAAGACAAUCCAGGCCACCCUGUCUAGGCAAGGGAUUGACCAUGAGUGUCUUUCGUCAGUGGAUUUAAAGCAACACUUUCCAAACAUUCGGUUCACCAGGGGAGAAGUGGGGCUCUUGGACAAGACUGGAGGUGUCCUCUAUGCAGACAAGGCCCUCAGAGCCCUCCAGCAUAUAAUUUGUCAGCUAGGAGGCACUGUGUGUGAUGGAGAGAAGGUAGUGGAGAUAAGACCUGGUCUACCCGUCACAGUGAAAACCACCUUGAAGAGCUACCAAGCCAACAGCUUGGUCAUCACUGCUGGUCCCUGGACCAACCGGAUUCUGCAUCCUCUGGGGAUUGAGUUGCCUCUGCAGACCCUUAGGAUCGAUGUGUGUUACUGGCGAGAGAAGGUCCCUGGGAGCUAUAGUGUAUCACAAGCUUUCCCAUGUAUCCUGGCUCUGGAUCUGACCCCACACCACAUCUAUGGACUGCCAGCAUCCGAGUACCCAGGGCUGAUGAAGAUCUGCUAUCACCAUGGUGACAAUGUGGACCCAGAGGAGCGGGACUGCCCCAAAACCUUCUCAGACAUCCAAGACGUUCAGAUUCUAUGCCACUUUGUCAGAGAUCAUUUACCAGGCCUGCGGGCUGAGCCAGACAUCAUGGAACGCUGCAUGUACACGAAUACUCCCGAUGAGCACUUCAUUCUUGAUUGCCACCCAAAGUAUGACAACAUUGUCAUCGGCGCUGGAUUCUCUGGACAUGGAUUCAAGUUGGCCCCUGUUGUGGGGAAGAUCCUCUAUGAGCUAAGCAUGAAAUUACCCCCAUCCUAUGACUUGACUCCGUUUCGAAUAAGCCGCUUCUCUAUGCAGAGAAAAGCCCACCUUUGACCCCAUCUGACUCUCUCCUGGGCAGGAAAGCCCUCCGAGGGGAGAUUUCCAGGAGAAGGGUGUGGCUUUGACGAGUUUCUUUGCCUCCUGUUUCAAGAAUCUCCCAUAACACCAAAUGAUUGAAUCUCUUUUCCCAAUCAGCCUCCCAAGUCUAUCUCAUUUCUCCUUCCCAGAAAGUCAGCGAGAUUCACCAUCAUAGAACAGCAAGGAGCUUUAAGAUGGAUGUCUCAAUGGGGAGGGGCUGGAGACAGGCUCAGUAGACUAAGGGACUCCUUUAAAUUUCUCUUUGCUGGGACAUUGGAUGAACUUGAGAUCGCUUUGACUAAAUCUGCUCGGGGGAUGUAAAACAGAUUAUCUCUUAUAAACCACUAGUGCCUUUGGGUUUCUUUGCCAAAAACUUAAGCCAGCCUCUAUCACCAACUCCUGUAAAGUCUCACCUCUAAUAAAUACACAUUUGCCAGGAAAAAAAAAAAAAAGUUGCUGAAAAAAACAAACAAAAA